CUGGCCACUGUCAGACCUAGGGGAAGCUCCGGCUGCAUUCCUGACCUGCGACCUGACUGCCUGGGACCAUGGGAUGCUGCCCGGGAGACUGUGUCAAUUGCUGCUCCCAGGAACAAGACUGCUGUGAGGAGUGUUGCUGCCAGCAGGGCUGCUGCGGCUGCUGUGGUUCCUGCUGUGGCUGCGGAGGCUCUGGCUGCGGAUCUGGCUGCGGCGGGUCUGGCUGCGGGUCUAGCUGCUGUGGCUGCGGGGGCUGCGGAGGCUGCGGGGGCUGCGGGGGCUGCGGAAGCAGCUGCUGUGGCUCCGGGUGCUGUGGAGGCGGCGGCGGGUGCUGUGGUCCAGUGUGCUGUCAGCCGACACCUGUGUGUGAGACGAAAUGAAGACCUUCCCUCCCUGUAACUGAGGCAGUGAUGGGGACAGCCUCCGCCUACUCCACACGGAGGUCUCCUCAUCUCCUGACUCCUUCGCACACACCUCCAAGACACUGACCUGCCUCUCAUGUGGUUUCUGAGAGGAGAGCUUGCCCUGGUGUCUAAGGCACUCUGGACCAAAGAGCUAUUUUCUGGCAAGAAAUUAAAGCUGAAUUCCAAUGAGGUGGUCACCAAAUUCUAUGUCUUUGGCUUCAUUUGCAUGAAGUCAAAUGCCUUGCAGCUAUGAGGCGUUCUCUUGAGCUUUGGACCUGUUGGUCCACCCUAGCUUUCUGCUCCUCCGAAACGUUGUCAACCUUUUAAUAAAUGGAAGCAUGCUGGCUACCCUAUCAGUCCUCUUGCCUCUUCCUUCGAACCUGGUAGGGACUGCCAGGAAGAUUUGACUUUGACAUUCACCAGGGGACUGCACAAUGUUUGCUGAUGUCCUGCAGCAGGGUCCUGGGAGGCUGCUUAAAAUGGUAGAUUCUUGAGCCCUC